GUGGCCCAGCCUGAGGGAUGAGGCCCCCAGCCCAGGGCCCCAGUGGAUUUCCUUGUUGAGAAGAGGGAACAUGUGUGGAGGUCCUGCCCGGGAGCUCCCCUGCCUGCCCCUCCCCGGCCCCUCAACCACCGGCACCAUGCACUCCCUGGACGAGCCGCUGGACCUGAAGCUGAGCAUCACCAAGCUGCGGGCAGCUCGGGAGAAGCGUGAGCGGGUCCUGGGGGUCACCCGGCAUCGGGCCCUGCACCGCGACCUCAGCCUAAUCAACAACGGUCCAUCUCGGGCCUCGCCCAGUCCCCCGCCGGCAGGCUUCCUGCUGAACCCAAAGUUUCCUGACAAGGGGGAUGGGCGAUUCUCGGCCGCCCCGCUGGUGGAUCUGAGCCUGUCGCCCCCAUCAGGGCUGGACUCGCCUGGGGGUAGCACCUCCCUGUCCCCCGAGCGCCAGGGCAAUGGGGACCUGCCGCUGUCCGCUGCCCACGAUUUCCAGUCUCUGCGCUACAUCGACGGAGUCCCCAGCUCCUUCCAGUUCUUCUUGCCUCUCAACCCAGGGGGUGCCCUGCACCUGCCCUCUUCUUCCUUCCUCACCCCACCCAAGGAGAAGCGCCUCUCCCCGGAACUGUCUCUGCAGAAGCAGCUGGUCUGCCGCUGGGCCAAGUGUAACCAGCUCUUUGACUUGCUGCAAGACCUGGUGGAUCACGUGAACGACUUCCACGUCAAGCCCGAGAAGGACGCUGGCUACUGCUGCCACUGGGAGGGCUGCGCCCGCCACGGACGAGGCUUCAACGCCAGGUACAAGAUGCUGAUCCACAUCCGCACGCACACCAACGAGAAGCCGCACCGCUGCCCCACAUGCAACAAGAGCUUCUCUCGGCUCGAGAACCUCAAAAUCCACAACCGCUCUCACACAGGUGAGAAGCCGUACAUCUGCCCCUACGAGGGCUGCAACAAACGCUACUCCAACUCCAGUGACCGCUUCAAGCACACACGCACCCAUUACGUGGACAAACCCUACUACUGCAAGAUGCCCGGCUGCCACAAGCGCUACACGGACCCCAGCUCCCUGCGCAAGCACAUCAAGGCCCAUGGCCACUUCGUGUCCCACGAGCAGCAGGAGCUGCUGAAACUGCGCCCUCCCCCCAAGCCCCCCCUGCCCCCCGGCGACACGCCCUACGUCAGUGGAGCCCAGCUCAUCAUCCCCAACCCGGCCGCCCUCUUCGGGGGGCCCGGACUCCCCGGGCUGGGCGGCCCCCUGCCCCUGCCCCUGGCCCCCGCCCCCCUCGACCUCAGCGCCCUGGCCUGUGGCGGGGUGGGCUCCGGGGCCGCGGCGGCGGCGGCGGCCGCGGCGCUGACCGGCCUGCCCAGCCCUGUGCUGUCCCUGAACAGGGGGCCCCUGAACCUCGCCAAGAAUCCCCUGCUGCCCUCUCCCUUCGGGGCCGGUGGGCUGGGCCUCCCCGUGGUGUCUCUCGUCGCCGGCCGGCCCGAGGCCGAGAGGGGCCGUGGGGGCCGCAAGACUCCGGGGCCGGAGGGCCGCAGGGACUCGGCCGAGAGGACCGAGGGGGGAGGUCGGCCCCGGCCUGGCCCCGACGGGCUCCCCCUGCUCCCCGGGACCGUCCUGGACCUCUCCACGGGGGUGGGCUCUGGGUCCAGCCCCGAGGCGCUGCCCCCGGGCUGGGUGGUCAUCCCGCCGGGCUCCGUGCUGCUCAAACCGGCCGUGGUGAGCUGAGGCCCCGGGCCCUGGCCUCCCCCAGGCCCCAGGACAGCCCUGACGGCCGUUCCUCACGGCCCCCGCCUCGUCCCCCCCAACCUGACGAACGGAAACUCUCUGAGAAAUAGCAAUAAUGUCCCCCCGGGUCCUGCUACCAUCCCCUAAGUCCUCUUAGAGCCGGAGUUUCCUGGGCCCCAAGCGGGGCCCGCCCAUCUGGCCGGGGCCCGGUGCCUGUAGAAACGGCUCCCACUCUGCACCCUGAGCAGAGGGGCCAGGCAACUCUGGGCCUCCCGGAAACCAACUGGAGCCUCUCGAGCCUCAGGCCGGGGUUGGCUGGGCAGAGUUGCUGAGCUGCGUGGCUGGCCGGAGGUAGAACAGCUGGGCAGAGCGGUUAGGCUGAAUAGCCGAGCGGGCCUCCUAACCCUUGCUGGCCGGCGGCCCACCCAGGGCCCGGCCUGGCACUGGGAUGGGGCGGAAGCCCGUUCAGGCCCGGCUGGGGGCCUCCGGCCUCAGCCCUGGCGCUGCCGGGCAGCCCUUCCAACCCCAGCUAGGCCAGGCUCCUACUCCCUUGCCUCCCUGCCUCUCCCAGGGCCCUCGGUGCCAGCGGGCUUCCGUCCACCUCCCCUCUGCAGAGCGGCCUCCUUUCCUGACCCUGGCUGAGCCGACGCUCAGCCAGCAGUAAAGACUUGCGCCCAGGCCAGGCCUGCCCCGCUGCCUCCCAGUGCCAACCGACCCAGAGGAGGCAACAGCCGGUCAUGUUGCUCAUCGGUCCCGCUUCUUCCUCCCCCGCCUCUUAGAAGCCUGGCACGGACAGACCGUGCGGAAGCCUCCCUGUCCUGGAACCCCCAGGGGUGGGGUGGGGGGUGUCAGGCAGAGGGCAUGGAGGGCAGCUGGUCUCGGCCAGCACCGUCUCCCGAGCCUCAGACCUGCUGCCGCCACCUCCCGCCCCAUCCUCCGACCCGCUGCUUUAACUGGGUGGCUGCCACGUGGUCCAGAGCCCUGAGAGCAGUGCCCCCUGCUCCCUCCCAGAGCCUGGCACCAGUGCCAUCUCCGAGCCAGGGAGGAGACUUCCCGGGGCAGAGGAGUGACGGGAAGUGGCCGGGGUCACGGGCUCUCGGGACUCUGGGGUGCGGGGACCACCCGGACCCCUCUCCCUCGAAUCCGUCUUCCUGGGCAGAGAGGGAGAGCCAGACAGACGUCCCCCUGGCAGUGCCAUGGAGAGAAUCAGACCUUCCUUUUCCCCCUCUUGCUUGCAGUGACAAGGCUCCUCCCCCUGCCCUGGGGAGGGCUGCUCCCUCUUGCCCCCUCCCCCCACUCUGUUAAUCACUCGCUGAGAAGGGAGAGAGAAAUGUCGUUUGCAACUUAGCCAUACAGUAACCUGGAGGGUCCACGUGUCCAAGUCGAGCGGUCCUGUGCCCAGAACAGCAGCAGGCUCCCUCUUUUUCCUGGCUGAACGGAAACCUGGAACGGCGGAGGGGUGAGGCUGAGGACGGGGGCAGAGCUGCGGAGGGGAGUCCCGGUGGCCCGGGCCUGGCCGGCUCCCUCAGGCCCCUCGGCCCCGACAGCGGCAGUAGGAGCGGGAGCCGAGGGGGCAGGGCUGAGUGACCACCACGCAGGCCAUUGAAGGCAGAAGUCUCCAAAUCCAGUUCUUCUUCCAGUGCUCAUCCCCCUUUAGCUGAACCAGGGAGGUCAGGGGGAGCAGUGCUCCCAGGCCCUUCCGGCUGGCCCAACCCCCACAUCCCCACCCUGAGGCCCAAGCAAAGGGGCAAAUAUCUACCCCGAUCCACCCACCCCGGUCUAGGUCGCCCUUAGAGACAGACCCUGUACUGCAUCCACCCUCCCCUAGGCAGAGUCCGGAAACGGGGCACCUUCUUUCCAGCCUCAGCAACCCUGCAGCCUCCAUUUUCUUCCCAAUGGGAUCAAAUGAAAGAGGGCCAAAUCCCAACUUUGCCCCAGAGCUGAGGAAAACCCAGCCUGGCCAGCCGCCUGGCUGCCCCCACAAAGGGCCAGGUUUGAGCAGAUGGUGCCGGGGCAGCUGAGGCACGCCAGCCAGUGGUGCUGCCAGGUGAACAGCCCGAAAAUCACCCCACUAAAAGCCAGAGCUCUACAUGACACCAUUUGAGUUCUAUUAUAGCACCCUAUUCAUAUCCUGAAAAAUUCAGGGAAAGUCAAGAUAGUGCAGGAAUUCAGGCUGAAACCAGCCAAAAGUUGAGGAUGGGGUCUCAGGCUCCCAUGAGAACCUCACUGUGAGGGGUGGACCAGUUCCAGCCACGACCGAUGAUUGCAGGGCCCCGGAGCCGGGCCAACGGUGGCCAUCCGUGGCUGGUGUGGGCACUCUCGCUCUCCUCAACCGGGGUGGAGGGCUGCCCCUCUCACUUGUGGCCAUCAGUCCCGGGGCCGGGGUGAACACUAUCCUGUGCUGGGGCAGAAAAAGCGUCCCAUUAGCUGCUCUGUGGUCCACUGUGCUGUUUUGUGCAGGUCCCCAAGUGGAAGGAAAAGAGUUGGGAAGAAAAGUUUGGAAAUUGGGUGGAAGGAGGGACAGGAUGGAGGCAGAAACCUAGAACAGACCGCAAGCCUUCCCGGGGUGGAGGAUAAGGGGUCCCUUCUCAGGGUAGGGUGGGACCCGUGGUCGCCGCUGCCUUGAGGGUUAUAGUGGGUCAGGAACGAGCUUCCAUGGGCAGUUGAGGGAUGAUGUUGGGUAGACUCUGUCCUGGCCUUCCCCAGGAACUCCACCUUGAGUACACUCUACUCACCUAAGCCUUUCCCUCUCCCCUGUCCCAGACACCACAGUUCUUCUACUUUAGAGCCUUCAGCCAGAGAAAAAAGGGAUACUGUAUGUUCGUCAUUGUCGUUUUCUCCACAUAUGCAGGAAAGUCAGGGAUCCGGCCUAUUGUAGAGCCACCUUUUGGGAGCGGGGGCCCAGUGACCUGAAGGGUCCAGUGUGUUCUCCGAGCUAAGGGCAGGCCCGGACUGCAGGUGUGGAAAAGCUAAGUGUAUGACUGGCGGCAGGCUGGCAGGGCACUCCCGGCCCCAUGGUGGGAGGGGAGACCCUUUUAGCCCUCCCGCUUUGCUGUAGGCGCUGCUUUCCCUUCUGUCCCCUGCCAGGAGAGACAGCUGGACAGCUUCCCUCCUUUGGAGGGAACAUUCGUGGACCGCCCUUCUCCCAUUGAAAGGGCCCUUACCUCUCAACUGCUCCCCUUGUUGGGGGAGCACCGGCUUCCCCCUUCCCACAGGAGGAGGGGGUCCUUUCCACCUUCGGACCGCCCUUCCAUCGUGGAGGGGUCACUCAGUCUUGCCCCCAGCCCCAACCGGGCCUCCAUAGGGCUUCGGCACCCACCCCCUGCCCCAGGGUCCUCGUUUUUCCUUCCAUCCCGGUGGCUGCGGGGUCUCCUCCUCUGUAAGGGGGGGAUUGAAGCCAGAGGGAGCUGGUCUCCCUUCCUACCUCCCUCCCAGCCCCGGGAGACACCCUGGAUGGAGGAGCCCAGCCCCCAGCCGAAAGGCCAGCGCGGUGCUAGCCUGCCUACAGUGCCGGGCCUUGGGGUCCCUCCUCUGUGCCCGGUAGGAGUGGCCCGCCUUGGUCAGUCGGGGAGGGAGGGAGGCGAUGAGGGAGUGGACUUUAAGACCCAAGCCCCCGGAAAAGGGCACCCCAGGUCUCAAAUGGUUAACAUUAGCGCAGCAUGUGAUUUGGUGAUAGACUAGGCUUUUAAGGGCCGGUGUACUUUUUUUUUUUUGUCGUCGUCGGUUUGUUGUUGCACAUUCCAGGAUAUCAGUAUUUUAACAGUUUCUAAGUGCCUUUCUAUUGUAGCUUAUGUUUUUCCUCCUCUUGGCUCCAUUGCUGUUAGCAUAGAGUUAAAAACAAAAAAAGAGAUAAGCUAAUGACUAUAACAAUAUAUUCCUCCAUGUGAGAGGAAGUUUAUAAAGAAACAAUAAAAGUGAGUUGCAAAGAC